CCAGCUGUGGAUGAUCCCUGAGGCAGAGAGGUUUCCUCGCCUACUGAUUGCUAUUUUUCCCAACAGAUAACAGGUUGCUUGAAAAAUCUGACCUUCAGUCUGUUUUGGCCGAAAAACUACAAGCGGAGAAGUAUGAUCUACAGAGCCGACAUGACACCAGCCCAGGUCCGGAUGGAAUGCGUAAUGAAGCAAUAUUACAAGAUAUGGCUCAGAUGAGGAUAAAACACCAGGAGGAACUGACAGAACUCCAUAAAAAGCGUGGAGAGCUGGCUCAGACGGUUAUAGAACUGAAUAACCAGAUGAAUCAGAAGGACAAAGAAAUCCAGGCUAACAAAGAGGCUAUAGAGGAAUAUAUGCGUUCCAUUAACACUCUGGAGACAGAGUGCCAAGAAUUAAGAAAUAAACUGCAAGAACUGGAACGAGUUAAUCAGACCUUAAAGGACGAAUACGACGCCUUGCAGAUUACUUUUACCGCUUUGGAAGAAAAACUGCGGAAAACCACUGAGGAUAAUCAGGAGCUUGUAACCCGCUGGAUGGCUGAGAAAGCUCAGGAAGCUAAUCGCCUGAAUGCAGAAAAUGAGAAAGACUCAAAGAGGAGACAGGCACGACUUCAAAAGGAACUGGCUGAUGCUGCCAAGGAACCUCUGUCUGUGGAGCAAGAUGAUGAUAUAGAGGUGUUAAAUGAUAAUGCUGAUGUCUCGGGGGAUGCUGCAGCAGCACCACCAAUUGGGCGAACCUCCAGUAAGAGACUCUCUCAGCCUGGCGUAGGAGGCCUUCUGGAUUCUAUCACUAAUAUUUUCGGAGUGUGUACAGUAUACCAUUCUUUACAUAUGCUAAUCUUUUUCAGGAGAAGGUCUAUACCCUCCUUUCCAUCAUCCCAAGACUGUGCAGAUGCUCAGGCUGGUGGUAAUCGGGAAGUACGAGUUCCAGUUUCUGCUCUCCACUCAUUUGAUGCCCAUGAUGGAGAAGUUAAUGCUGUCCGGUUUAGCCCAGGCUCACGAUUAUUGGCAACAGGAGGAAUGGACAGGCGGGUGAAACUGUGGGAGGUUAUUGGAGAUAAAUGUGAGUCAAAGGGUUCGCUAACAGGGAGCAACGCUGGAAUUACCAGCAUAGAAUUUGAUAGUGCUGGCUCUUACUUAUUGGCUGCAUCCAAUGAUUUUGCCAGCAGAAUUUGGACUGUAGAUGAUUACCGGCUUCGGCACACCCUAACUGGACACAGCGGGAAGGUUUUGUCUGCCAAAUUCUUACUAGACAAUGCUCGAAUUGUUUCUGGUAGCCAUGAUCGGACAUUAAAACUUUGGGACCUGCGCAAUAAAGUGUGUAUUAAGACUGUGUUUGCUGGAUCCAGUUGUAAUGACAUUGUCUGUACAGAGCAAUGUGUGAUGAGCGGUCACUUUGACAAAAAGAUCAGAUUCUGGGAUAUAAGAACUGAGAGUAUAGUACGGGAGCUGGAGCUUCAAGGAAGGAUCACUGCUUUAGAUCUGAACCCUGAAAGAACAGAGCUGCUCAGCUGCUCUAGAGAUGAUCUCAUCAAAAUUGUUGACCUUCGUGCCAAUGCUGUUCGGCAGACUUUUAGUGCUCAGGGUUUCAAGUGUGGAUCAGAUUGGACUAGAGUUAUUUUUAGUCCGGAUGGUAGCUAUGUGGCUGCUGGGUCUGCAGAAGGAACAUUAUAUUUCUGGAAUGUGAUGACUGGGAAGGUAGAGAAGAUCCUUGGAAAGCAUCAUAGUUCGUCCAUUAAUGCUGUUGCUUGGUCUCCGUCUGGUACCUACGUUGUUAGUGUGGAUAAAGGAAGCAAAGGAGUUUUAUGGUCUGACUUUUGA